GCCUCCCCCUCCGGCCGCUACGGUGGCCUCCCUCCUCCCGCCCGCCCUAAAACCCACGCCGCGAGCCGCCGAGACGCCCGACAUGUUCGGCGGCGGCGGGCCUCGCGGCAACGGCGGCAGCGGCAGCGGCAACGGCAACCCUGGAAUGGCUGCUCGCGGAAGAGGGGAGAUUUGGAAGAAGAAAUCAGGCCAAGCAGCUGGGAGGGGACAAUGGCCACCAUCAGGCUCCUCCUCAAAUGCUUCACAUACUGCAGCAUGGCAAGCUUGCAAUGGCAGUGGAGGAUCUUCACUUCCUUUGAGGAACUAUGGAACGCAACCUUCUGAUCGUAGGCCUGCUGCCGUAGACAAUCGCGGGCCAUCAUCACAAACAUAUCCGAGAGAAAAUCCAGUUGUGUGGCCAGCUCUGGCAAAUGGUUCGCAGUUGUCAUCCAGGUCUCAUCCAUAUGGCCCUGAAAGCAAUAAGGACAAUGUUCCUUCAUCUAGUUUUGACCCCGAGGACAGCUCUGAAGUUGAGGAUUUGUCAGAUGAUGACAUUGAUGAUGAUAUGAGCGAGGAGGAUGAUUCUGAUGAAAGUGAAAAAAGUUUUGAGACUCAAAAAAAGAAUAAAUGGUUCAAGAAAUUCUUUGAAGUCAUCGAUACUUUAAAUGAGGAGCAAAUACAUGAUCAGACUAGGCCAUGGCAUUGUCCGGCAUGCCAAAAUGGACCUGGGGCAAUUGACUGGUUCAAUGGGCUACAAUCUUUAGUGAGACAUGCUAGAACGAAGGGCUCUAGAAGAGUUAAGCUCCACAGAGAAUUUGCCACAUUGCUAGAACAUGAGUUAGGAACUACACUGCUACCACCUGGUGAGCAAUUUGGGAAAUGGGAAGGAUUACGAGGAAGCACUGAUCGCGAGAUUGUAUGGCCACCAAUGGUUAUUGUCAUGAACACUUUACUGGAACAAGAUAAUGAUGACAAGUGGUUAGGCAUGGGCAAUGAAGAGCUUCUCGAUUAUUUCCAUGAAUAUGAUGCAAUCAAAGCACGACAUGCCUACGGUCCAGGUGGGCACCGUGGCAUGAGUGUGUUAAUAUUUGAAAGCUCUGCCGUGGGUUAUAUGGAUGCUGAACGUCUGCAUAAGCACUUCGUCGGUGAAAGAACAGACAGGGAAGCAUGGCAAGCUCCGUCUAAGCGUCGGUUCUUACCUGGUGGGAAAAGACUGUUAUAUGGUUUCUUAGCCAACAAAGAGGAUAUGGAGAUUUUCAAUAAGCACCACCCGGGAAAAAGUUGCCUGAAAUACGAUAUGAGAUCUUAUAAUGAAAUGGUAGUGGUAGGUAUGAAACAAAUGAGUCUAGACAAUCAGCGACUGAAUCAUAUGAAGAACAGGGUGGUGAAGACAGAGAAACACUCUAAAGUUGUAGAAGAAUCGCUUGGUGUCAUCACUCAGAAAUGUCGGGAGACUAGUGAAGAGAAUAAGGUGCUCAUGCGUCGGAUUAAAGAGAAGCACUUGGAGCAUGAGGAAGAGAUGUCUUCCCAGGAGAAAUUUUUCGAUGACCAGAUAGAAAACCUUUACAAGGCCAUGGAGGAGAAAGAAAGUGAAUAUGAGAAGAGACUGCAGGAGGAGCGUGCAAAGGCUAGACAGUAUGAUGUGGAUUCUGGGACUACUGAAAAUCGCAGGCUAAGGAAGGAGGAAGUGCAGCAUUUCAUAGAUUGCCAGGCUAAGGGCGUGGAGGAGUUUAUGUCUAAAAGGGACGAACUGAUAAAGGCACACGAGAAGAAGAAGGUGCAGCUCAAGAGAGAGUAUAUGGAGAAGGAGGUGGAGCUCGAGAAGGAGCUCGAUGCCGCUCUCACGUUUCUGAUGGAGAAGCACGAGCCAGACACCUUCAAGGCUUCUAGCUCCAGCUCGUGAAGAUCGCCAUACAAUUUCAGCUCAGAGCAAUUUAAGCCCGACUAGGAGACCUGGACCUAUGUGGGUGUCUUAUGGCCAAUAUCAUGAAACUUAAACAUGCUGGAAUGUCAAGGUCUGUAGCAUGUGCUACCAACAUGUAAUGACUGCGUCGAAACCUUAAAUGUGUAUGGAUUAUAU